AUGCCUUCUAUUGAAGUAGCAUUGGAUAAAAAAGGUGGAAGAAACUGUGAAGAGGAAGAGGUUUAUAUUACAAAUAUUUUUUUUCCUCCGGAAAACGAAAUUUGGGAAUGCCAUGCAAAUAAUACAAAUAUUGCUGAAGCAGCACAUGCUCAAGCUAAUCGGGAAGGAAAACAGUUAAAACUUCUUACAGCAAUCAUGCGGGGUAGGUGUUUGGAUGAAAGAAUUUUUAAGAUAGCAGAAACUCACGAUAGGUAUGGCGUACCUUAUACUAGAAGAGAUAAAAGUGAAAUUAAAAGACAAACAAGAGCUAUGAGGCGAAAAAGCGGAAAACAAAAAGAAAUAUUAAAAGAAUCAAAAAAAAAAGUUCCAAUACAAGAUAUAAACAAUCAAGAAAAGCCAGAAGAAAGAGGAGUAAAACAAAGGCAGCAACAAGCAGAAAUAUAA